CCUCUUUUUUACGCGACUAGUAUUAUAUCCAUCACAUCUAACCUAUCCAUCCAUCACAUAUCCUAGUCCAACAUCAUGCCCCCAGCAAAGAAAUCUGGCAAGAAGGUCGCCCCUGCCCCUUACCCUAUCAAGAAGACUGCCGGCAAGACCACCAAGACGAACCCCUUGUUCGAGAAGCGUUCCAAGAACUUUGGCAUUGGUCAAGACGUUCAGCCCAAGCGCGACGUGACCCGUUUCGUCAAGUGGCCCGCAUAUGUCCGCCUCCAGCGUCAGAAGCGUAUCUUGUGGACCCGUUUGAAGGUCCCCCCUGCCAUCAACCAGUUCACCAACACUUUGGACAAGAACACUUCGGCUCAAUUGUUCAAGUUGGCCAACAAGUAUCGUCCCGAAACCAAGGUUGAGAAACGCCAGCGUCUCCGUGCUGUUGCCGAAGCCAAGGCUGCCAAAAAGGAGGUGCCCAAGACCGACAAGCCUGUCGUUGUCAAGUAUGGUUUGAACCACAUCACUGCCUUGAUCGAGCAAAAGAAGGCUCAGUUGGUCGUCAUUGCCGCUGAUGUCAACCCUAUCGAAUUGGUCCUUUGGUUGCCCGCUCUUUGCCGCAAGAUGGGUGUCCCUUACUGCAUUGUCAACAACAAGGGCCGUCUGGGUGAAGUUGUUCAUAAGAAAUCGGUCACUGCCAUUGCUUUCACCGAGGUCAAGGAUGCUGACAAGAACGAACUCGCGAACGUCGUCUCUGCUGUCAAGGCUAACUAUAAUGACAAGUGGGAUGAGCACCGCAAGACUUGGGGUGGUGGUAUCAACGGUAGCAAGUCCCAGGCCAAGAUGGCUAAGCGUGCUGCUGUUGUUGCCAAGGAAAUUGCUGCUCGUCAGUAAAUUGCCCUUCCCUGCUAUCUGUGUUUGCUAGGAAUAUAGGAUAGUUGUUUUUCACUAUUUACUUUUGGUGUAUGGCUGUGAAAAAAAUAAUACCUUUGAAUAAAAAAGCAACCCCGC